GGACUGCGCAGACGCGGAGGUUGACAAUGAUGAUUCCCUGACCGCCACGCGUCCUUGCCGACAAACCUAACCUUUCCGCCGCAUCGACGUCACAGUGUUACCAUGGAGGGAACAUCCGAGCAGCCAUUGCAGACAGAACAAGUGGUACCGACGGUCCCGGUUGGCAGCCAGACAACGAACCCGGGGCAACCACAGGUUCCCUCCUCCUGGCGGGCUGAAGUGUACGAGGGAUUCAGUUUGUUUUGCGGCAUCUGCAUGGCGGUUUUCAACGCGGUGCGUCAGCGUUAUCGACCCGGCACAGCGACGACCUGGGCCCCAUGGCUCGCGGUCGGCUUUUGCCUCUGGAUCAGUUUAUCGCUCCGGUGUCCCGAGCCGUCGAGGAUUUGCCCCGCCACGCCUACGCCCACGCCGACGUCCACGCCCACGCCCAUCCUCCCCUUGUCGACGACAAUGACAGCGUUCGCAGGGCGUCUGUCAACCGAGAUUGCUUCGCUGGAAUCUGCUUCGAAGUCUGUACCAGGUAUCGCACUGAUCGUGAACAAGGCCUUCCCGGGACUGGGAGACGAGGGCCUGGGUGUGCAGAUGGCUGUGUGGAAGGACUGGCCGGCCAUCGCGCUCAACGCGAGCGAGCAGAGCGGCCGCAUCAUCAGCCGGCUUUACGGAGACCUCAAACGCGAGGACCGUAUCCUUACCCUCGUUUUCAAAGUUUCCGGAGCUGUUACCGACAAGGGUAGCGGGGAGGCGCAUGGGUCCAGCGUCCCGUUCGUCCUCCGAGGCUCCGGGCUGAGGCAGCGCCGAAGCAACUGUCAAUUCCUGUUGAAUUCCCUCUCUACGCGCAUUGAGCAGGCCCAACGGGCACGCGAUGAGUCUCGCAAAAGAGCCGAGAUCUUUUAUAUGGACCAGCUGAAACGCCUCGACAACAUGGCAAAGUUAAGACACAAUAGCGGCACUGAGGACGUGAGACGCAUCCAAGCCACCAGCACCGCGGGCGAAUUUUUCCAAUCGGCCGUCGAGCGUCUGAACGAGGAGUGGUUAGAUUCUAAACUCGGCGCGUCUUGGGAGUGGGCGCCCGCUGGCUCGGAUCGCGGCGAGGCCUCGUUUAUCCGCAGCCUCCACGCGGCAGCGCGUGCAGCGACCAUGGUCGACGGCGCGUUCUUUGGCGCUAUGGGGAGGAUCGAGAAGAUGUCGGACAUGAUCGACACGGAAAUGGCGUGGAUCGAGGAGAACUUGAAGAAGUGGCUGGGUCCUUUGGCGUCGCCCCAGCCCGGGUGCCCCAGGACCGCGGCCGAACUCCAAAUCGUGGUGGAGCAGAUGGUGUUCUGGACCGAGGAGUGGCGCAGGAAAGUCCAGACUCUCUAUUAUCAUUGAUCAUCGUUAUUACCUUUGUUAUGUUCCUUCACUCACAUUUCAGGAUUUGGUGUGCUUGGUGACGGCGAGUUUGCCACACAACUGGUUACCGGAUCCGGUCUGUUUGUCUUUCUUUCUCUGCCGCAUCCGCCCUUGAUCGGGACUUGACUGUGUACGUGUACGUCCAAGGGACCUGUCCAUCAGAAAAUA